UGCAAGUUUCCGAAGUUAAGGAAAGUUUUGUUGCUGACAAGAGUUGUUAUAAUGAUACUGCAUUUACACCACUUAGCAAUCUUAAAGGGCAGUUUAGUGAUACAAUGUUUGAUUUCUUGGCAGAGCAAACCUGUGCAGGUGCAGAUGAACCUACUUGUCACAGCACUAUGAAACCUAGCAUGCCAGGAAGCGAUGAAGUUGAUGAUUCUGUUAGGGAGAAAGCGUCCGUGCCUUGAGUGAGUUAAGGGGUGGAAUGAGUGACAUUGUGAUUGAUAAUAGUGAGGAACUUAAAUGUUAUAAUCAGAACAAGAAUGAGCUACUAAGUAAACAGGAACAUGAAUGUGAAAAGUUCCCUUGUUCAAGUGAUUCAUCUAAGAAUGAAAAUGCAGUAGGUGAUGAAGUGUUCAAUUGUGCUUCUGCGAUUUCUGAGAGAUCAAAUGCUAAUGCUAAGCCAGUAGAACAAGAGUUAGCUGCAGGAUCUUGUGAUGGGAAAUUCAGAGAGGUUGAACAAACAUUCCCUGAACUUUUAUUAGACCUAGGAUCUAGCAAUUUUGUUUCAUCAGAAGUUGUGUUGGUUCCAGAAGCCAGCAUAGAAGCCAAUGUCCAAUCUCCCAUUGGUGCAAAAAGGCUUUCACUUUCUUCAAAUGCUUUAGCUGCAUCACUGAUCAAACCUAUGGAAGAGGGUAAAUAUAUUAAUGUAGUCAAGCAAACAUGGUUUUGCGGGAUAGACUCCAGUAGCAGUAAUGGUGAAGAUCCUCAUGUCGUCCAGUUACGUAAUAGAUGUGAUUCGUCGUACCUGCAGUCAGAAGUUGAUGGUGAAAUUAGUGUUCUUUCAGGUUCAGUGAAAAAGGGAGAAGAUAGCUGCAAAGAGACAAGAAGAGGUGAAAUUGCUUGUUCAGAUAAUAGUAUCAAGGUGAACACCUUUGCCGAAGAAGACAAUCCCAUAUGUGCUGAACAGCUACAUGAGGUAAAUGUUAACUUAGAAGCUGCUGGGAAUAUUAUCACCAACUCCAAUAAAAGCAGUGAUCUGAAGUCUGAGAAGGCUGCUUGGGAUGCUUUUCCUUUGUCCAAUGGAGGAAAAACUCCUGUUUUAUUUCAGGAGAGGAAUUCAGCUCAGAUAGCAUAUGAAGAUAACGUAUGUCCAGGUGUUAUGGGUAGCACCAGAGACAAAGCAUUUGAAUGCAUCUCUGACAAAACCAAGUACCUAAAGCAAACUUCUGUGGAUGCUGUUACAAACAUCAAACAUGAUAUUUCUUUUCCCAAGAACAACUGUUCAGAUCCUGUGAUUUCCGAGGACAGAGAAUUGUCAGAGGCAUCACAUCCAGAAAAUGCAGUAUCAUGCCUUGAUGUUGAAAGUAUUUGCGUUGAAGUUUCUGAACGCAAUCUAACAGUAGAUACUAUUAAUGCUAUAGACAAGCUAGAAUUUCACCUUGAAGAUGAUGAUACAAGUGCUGAUAGGAAAAUCCUUCUACAGAAAGAAACUUUUCACCAACAAGGAAAUCUGUGUGACAAUUUUAACGCUCAAUCAUGUGAGCUCAGUGUUCUUUCAGGUUCAAUGAUGGAAGAGAGCCACAAAGAGACCCCAAGAGGAGAUGUUACAUGUGUUACGAAUGAUGGAAAUGUGGAGUAUGUUUCUGAAAGUGACAAGUACGUAACUAAUAUGCAGCCAGAAGAUCCCAAAUCCUUUUACGAGCCCUACUUUCAGAACCUAGUUUCUGUGGAUGAUAUUACCAACAAUUCUCAAAGUGAGGACCUGGAGUCUGAGAGGAUUGCUUGUGCAACGGAAGAAAAUCUGCGUGCUUGGUGUGAUAAAGUUGAAACUCCUGUUUUGUUUCAGAAAAUAAAGCCAACUGACAUAGAAGUUGAAGGAAACACAUUGGUUUAUGAUGCUCACAUUCGUAAAAAUGUAUCUGAAUGCAUCAAAACUGUAUCUGAACAAACCAAGGAUUUAGAGCAUAUUGUUGCUGAUGAUGCUGAAGACAGAAAUGAUGAUGUUAUUCUUUGUGCGGAGAACAAUGUGAUUACUUUUGCAGAGUCAUCAUAUAUAAAGAAUGCAAUAUCAAGUGCUGAUUUCAAAAGUAUUAGCAGCGAAAUUUCGGAGAAAAAUUUGAUUGAAGGGACCGUCGAUGAAACAAGUGCUUAUGUGAAUAACAACACUUGCAAUAUUCCUGUGGAGCCAAUGGUAAAUCAAAUGCCUAAAGUUUCCCAUGCUCGAGACGCUAGCCUGUUCACCACACAAGAGAAAAUAGAUUUCAGAUUGAAAAAUGACAACUUUAUUUCUCAAGCAUCCAAAUCUGCAGAUUCAGUUGAGAAUAAAGUGGAAAGUUUAGCUCAAGAAACAGGAUAUGUUGAGGAAGCUGAAGGUGCUAACACUUGUGGAAAUGAGAGUCCAGAAUCUAUUAAUUGUGACAAGCUUGAUGGAGCUCUUCGACAAACAUCUACUCAACAUACUACGUUUGUUGGAUCAGUCAAGGAGUUUGAAUAUCUUUUCAAACAAGCAGGAUCUGUUGUGGGAGCAACAGAAGGUGCAAACAGUUAUGAAAAGGAGAGUUUGAAAAGUAACAGCGAAAGAGAGUCUGGUGAAGAUGUGGAAUUAGGAGUGGUUGUACUAGAGGAAGGCAAAAGUGAUGUUAGGGUGUGCUCAGGACAUAGUGCUGGAAAGGACUUUGGCAGCUAUUGUAGCCUGAAGACAAAUUCUGGGAAAUCAUCGCUGGGAGACGCAGCUCUAGUGUUGGAUGAUGAUUCAGGGACCAUAGCGCCAGCUUGCCCUCCUCCUAUCGACAGAAAGAGUACAUGUUAUUUCGCUGAUGUUUGUGCUGCAACAAGUGAAGUUGCAUCAGAUUCUUUGCAAAUCUCAGAAGAAAACAAAUGGAACGAUGUUCUUCAAAAUGUUUCUAUUGCAGCUUGUAUUGGUGAUAUUGAAGGAUUGCAUUCAGUGAAAUCAGGUGACAAGGUAGAGCCUGAGUCAGAAAAAUCAGAUGCUUGUGUUAGUUCAAGAGACACGGAGUACCAAGGUCUGAUUAGUAGUCCAUUCUCAUUUGUUAAUGGGAAAAAAGUUGGUACUGGAAGCAACUAUGAUGCUGACAUAGCUGAGCCAAGAGAGGACAAUUAUUUACCUAUGGUGGAAUCACAUUAUUUUUGUGAAAAUGAAAAGGGAUCCACUGACAUUGAGGUCGCAUUAGAAUAUGUUCCAGAAUAUCAAUCACACUAAAUGAGCCAUUUCAGUUGUGCAAGCAUCUUUAUGUAUCGUAUCCAUAUGACCAUCUACCUUUUUUUUCCCAACAUAUACUUACCUGCAUCAUGAGCAUACCAAUUAGCAUAAAGCCGGCUUGAGAAUGUAUAUACAUAUAACUUGAGUCUCUAAUUUCUCUCCCUUAUAGUUGCUUCCUCUGAAACUGUAAAAGUUUCUCAUAGCUAGAAUCAUAGAAGUAAUUAAUCAGUCCAAUUUUAAGUUCAACAUAAACAUUUAACAGUUGGUCUUGUAAGAGAAGUUUAAAAUUAGGCAUGAUCCAAGAUCAAUAUUAAAUAGAGAACAUGUCAACUUUUUUUAACAUAGUGACUAGUUUAAUCUAUUUAGUCAUCAUUUAAUUUAUUUCAUG